AUGACGGAAGAUUGCGCGGCGUGUAAAUACCAACAUCGGCGGUGCACUGCCGGCUGCAUUUUCGCCCCCUAUUUCCCCCACGACCGCGAACAACAGUUCGAAAAUGUGCGUAAAUAUUUCCCAAUACACAAAGUUGCGCAGACCAUUAUAAACCUAGAUCGUUCCAAGGUAGAUAUCGCAAUGCGAAACAUCAUCGUUCAAUCCGAUAUGCGAGCCAAAGACCCUGUCGGUGGUUGUUAUCGGAUCAUACAAGAACUCGAACGUGAAAUAGAGUGUAAGCAAGCUGAACUUGACCUUGUUUAUAAUACAAUCGUCAUUUGCCGAGCACAGGGAGAUGGUGGUUUUCAAAUGCAAAAAUCAGCUGCUGGUGAUCAUUGUUAG